UUGUGGAGGUUUUAAGCGACGAUCAGAAGGCAAGAAUACAAUUCGUUCAGUUGGAAUCAUCGGUAUUAUGCAUCCAUUGUGGCUUUUAAAGACAAUAACAAUUAUUUUGAAGAAUAUAUUACAAUAGUGAAGCAGUUGGCGCCGUUUUUCUGGAAUAUAUUAUUCAGUUUGGCGUAGUGGACUGUGAUAACUCAAACGCUACAUUGCCGACUGCCUGUGGAAAGUAAUUUCCAGUCCCACAAUUUCGAGUCAAAAUGGAUAUGACAAUAGCUUGCUAUGUAUUUGUAGCCAUUUUGUUAAAUGGUGGAUGUUAUUCGGAGACGAAUAAAGUUCUUCCAGCGUGUAAGUCCACUCGUCACGUCUGCACCAGCAUUAUGAAGUACCCGGAUGGACUAGAGGCCAACGAAGGUCCUUACUGCACGUGCACCACUGGUGAAAAAUGUAGUGAAAAUUGGAUGGGGAACGACGGACGUGCUUUUACUUGGCAGCACUACGAACGAGCACACUGGGAGGUGCAAUACAUGUUCUGCACGUCACAAACGCCGGACAACCUCUGCAACCACAACGAAAUGGCCGCGGUUAUUGAGACAGAGACCUCGGCAUGGCGGCCAUAUUUAGCUGCCCCCAGGUGUCGCUGCAGUCAGAAUCGGUACAUGCUGCAAGGCUGGGAGAAGAAGGAUGGCGUGUGGAGAUACUAUUAUUUCUGCGACCAGGAUGAAUGUCACGGACCAAAUAGACCAUGUGCCAAAAUUGACCUCGAUUUUUCAAAUGCGGAAGACCAAGUGAAACAGGUGGAGUUACUCUGCGCAUGCCCAAAAUAUUACAUGUGUGCAGCACGAGUCACGGACCAAGACGUCGCCAACGCGACCGCAAACAACAUGGACAGCAUCACGCGCAUGUGCGAGCCCACGAAGAAACACCAUAGCAACGACAAAUAGACGAUGUUCAAUUUUCAACUUGGGUCUCACUACACAGAUGUCUUCUGCCAUUGAUAUCCAGCCACUGAAGUCCACAUAUUAAACUGCCAGACUUCAAAUCACGAUUUCUAACAGAAAGGGUUCUCUUUGGAAAUAACGACAUACACCAAUCCGAACAUGUGUUACGUCUUCUAUUAUAUAAUAUAAUAUAAUAUAAUAUAAUAUAAUAAUAACACCAUCAAAAUCAGGCAAAAUCCAACUAGUGUACGAAAAAUUAAAUUAUUUUAAUUAUUCCCUAGUUACUAGAAAAGAACCACACCACGUGUCAUUUCGGAACAAUCGUGCACCUUGAUUAACUCAGUCUCACCCGGAAGUGAACUGUGUAAUGAGACCUUAAUGUACUCAAAUUUGUAGAAGACGUUUUAUUAUUAUUAUGGGAUACACGAUUAAUCGAUUUUGGAAACGUUCGGGAAAUUCCGACAAUACCGAGUAGGAGUUACGAAACGUUUACGAAAUGUUACGAACGAAUGUUGUUGAUACACAACAAACAUAACAACGCACAUCGAAAAUGUUCUAACCGAAUUAGCUUUCGAAUUAUACUUUCUUAAGUCGUAUUUCUAUAUAACACUGUUUGUAAAUUUAUUUUAAAGCAGACAUUACAAGAGACCCACUAAGGUCCACAUGAUUCGAUGCAUGGAUUAUGACGUAAGGAACAGCAACUCUUAAGUUACUUGAUGAAACAGUUUCUUUUGUUAAAUAACUGUAUUAGCCUAUAUGUGACAGUGACAUACACCAAUACAGAUUCGCACGUGUGACCGACAGAAGAAUAAAUGAAGGGGGGGGAGGGGGCAGAAAGAAGAAUAAAAGAGAACAAAAGAAGCACGUGCGGCGAUCCAAGGGAGCGAACUGUGUUUUUGUGUUUAGCUUUAAAAGACACGAAGUGACCAAGCUACGAAUAUUACAUUCGAAAUAAUGUUGCUAGCUUGCCAGCCAAUCGGUCGGUCAGUCGGUCGGUAGUUAGGUCAAUCGGUCAGUCAGUCAGUCAGUCAAUCAUCCACCGGACUGACUAACCCACCUACCAAGCAAAUUAAUGACCAACCGAUCAGUCGACGUCUAUCUUACUUCACUCCAACCCCUUCCACCCACCCCCAUCCCUGCCCUCAAUAAACAAACUAACUAAAACAACAACAGAUCAACACGUCAGACACGUUCUCCGGUCUCAGUGGCGCAGUGGUUAAGCCAUCGGUCCACAGGCUGAUAGGUACAGGGUUCGUAGCCCGGUACCGGCUCCAACCCAGAGCGAGUUCUUACGGGCUCAAUGGGUCCACUACACCCUCUUCUCU